AUGGUUUCCAGAAAUACUAUUAAAGAUGAUAUCAUGAAACUGUAUUAUGAAAAGAAGUUCAUAACUAGUGAAGGGUUCAAGAGGUAUCCUGGUAGAGUAUCUUUGACUACUGAUAUGUGGACCUCGAACCAGACUUUAGGUUAUAUGUGCGUUACUGCUCAUUUCAUAGAUAUGAAGUGGAAAUUGCACAAGAAGAUAAUCAGAUUUUGUAUGCUAGAGACUCCCCACAACGGAGCUGCGAUGUUUAAUAUUCUGCUAAAAAGCUUGCAAGAAUGGAAUAUUGAGGACAAGCUGUUUAGCAUAACUGUUGAUAAUGCAUCCGUAAAUGGUUCAAUGAUUGAUAAUCUGAGAGAAAAUCUAGUAGGCAAGGAAAUGCUGCAUUCUGAAGGUGCAUUACUCCAUAUUCGCUGUGCAUGCCAUGUUUUUAAUCUGAUUGUCCAAGAUGGGUUGACAGCAGUGAAAAGUGCAAUUGAUAAUAUAAGAGAAAGUGUGAAAUAUGUGAAGAGCUCUCAGACUCGAUUGGAUAACUUCAAUGAAGUAGUUGCACGAGUUGGUGUUUCUUGUGCACUCCCUUCUGUUGAUGUGCAAACACGCUGGAAUUCCACAUACCUAAUGCUUCAGUCGGCAUUCCCAUUUCGAAAAGCCUUUCAUACUUUGGGGAAAGAAGACAGAAACUACAAGUUCUGUCCAUCCUCUGCAGAGUGGAGAAGAGCUGAAACUGUAUGUUCCAUCUUGAAGGUUUUCCACGAAGCAACAGAGGUGGUCGCCGGUUCUACUUAUCCUACUGCAAAUUUAUACUUCCAUGAAGUCUGGAAUCUGAAACUACUAUUGGAGAGAGAAGCAGCAAGAAAGGAUGAACCGACGCGCAAGGAUGGAGUUAUCAAUUCAAUGGUGGAAAACAUGCAAGAGAAGUUUGACAAGUAUUGGGUUGAGUCGUACUUGGCAAACUGUAUACCUGUGAUCCUUGAUCCUCGGUUCAAAAAAGAAUUCAUUGAGUUUCGACUCAAGCAAGCCUUUGGAUCAAAUGCCACUGAACAUGUGAGCAAGGUGGAAGCAACCCUCAACGGCCUCUUCAAGGAGUAUUCUUCGCAAAUGUCAAAUUCAUUGAAUGAGUCAUCACAAGGAGAGUAUAAUGACGAGGUUGGGACAGCACAAAAUAAUCUUGCUGAUUGGGAUAAGCAUUUGCGCAAUAAACAACGACAGCCUACCAAUGAACUUGAAACAUAUUUGAAAGAGGACAUCUUCCCUCGCAGAGAUGAUUUUAAUAUCCUUGAAUGGUGGGCGCUUCACUCUUCCAAAUACCCUGUACUUUCUCGAAUAGCUCGGGAUAUUCUUGCUGUGCCUGCUUCCGUGGUACCCUCUGAAUCAGCUUUUAGUACUGGACAACGAGUUGUAAGCGACUACAGAAGUAGAUUGAAGAGUACAACUGUUGAAGCCCUAAUAUGUCUUCAGGAUUGGCUAAAACAUGUUCAGUCACUUGCUCAUGUUGUGGAUGAUGAUGAUCUGUGA